CUUGCUAAUAGAGAUGAAGUGAUUAUAUCCUCUGCUUCUUUAAAAAACAAGACAACGGGGCUACGGUAUAUCGAGCAGCUAUGUCUGUAGGCUUCACGCUUACGCGGGUGAAUGCCCUCUUUCGCCAACAUCUUUGGACGUUCCUGGACCAUCCCAGUUGUACCAUCCAUGCCUCUUGCUCGGUGUUUGCUGGACACAACAAGUGGUCCAAAGUCAAACACGUCAAGGGACCCAAGGAUACUGCUCGGAGCCGUGCCUUUCAGAAACUCAGCAUGAUGAUCCGAUUGGCUGUAAAAGAAGGAGGUCCCAAUCCAGAGUUUAACAGUAAUUUAGCCAACAUUAUUGAGCAAUGUCGGAGCAGAAACAUGCCAAAAGCCUCCAUUGAAGGAGCUAUUGCUGGCGGGGAUAGAACUAAAUCCUCCUACCUGUUGUAUGAAGCACGAGGCCCUGGCGGCUCCUCCUUUCUUAUUGAGAUACUGACAGACAACACAAAGAGGUCUUUCCAUGAUAUUCGACGGCUUCUGAGCCAAUACGGAGCAGCCCUUGCUGAUGGAGCUCGGCAUAACUUUGAGAAGAAGGGCAUUAUUGUGGUGAACAUGAAGGACCAGUCUGGUAAUUCUGUCAGCUUGGAACGGGCACUCGAGCUGGCUAUCGAAGCUGGUGCUGAAGAUGUUCAAGAAGAGGAAGAUGAGGAUGAGAAAAUGAUGCUUAAGUUCAUUUGCUCUGUGCCUACCUUGCGGCAAGUUCGUGAAAAGCUGAAUGCAGUGGGCCUCUGCUCACAUUCGGCCAGCCUUGAGUUUGUCCCGACUAUUACUACCCAGCUGUCAGAUGAAGAGAUGGAUCGGGCGGCACAGCUGCUACAGGCACUCGGAGACUGUCUGGAUGUUGUACAAGUAUAUGAUAACAUUGCCUAAAAUUAGAGCACAUCUUUAUAAUACGCCCCCCUCUCUCUGACUUGCCAAAAAUUUACAAAUUGAGUGUUUGAUCUUUCCUUGAUGCCAGAUAUGGGCUGCCUCUUUUACCUGUUAAAAUUUACAACAGUGGGUAAGGGUUACUGUUUGCUCCCUUGGGUUUCUCUCACAGGUACCAUACUUCACCUUAAGGCAGGCCCACCAAAUGUAACAAAUUGCAUCAAGGAAUGAAGUGUGAAUGGUGGGGGAAUGUCAGGUACAGGCUCAAGGCCCUAUUCGAUGCACUUCUGCCUGGCAGGACAGGGAGUUCUGCCAGAAAGGCCAAAAAGUCUCUGGUUGAGACUUAUGGUGUUCCCUGGUAGAGCACAACAACGGCAGCCACAUUAACAGCGUUUCCAGCUUACCAAUGACCUAGCACAGCUUCAAGGAUGGCAGUGAACUGAAGGUAUUCCUGAGCCAGAGAUUGGUGUCACCGUUGAAUUGCUUCCUGCGCUGCCCAAACCAUCACAGGAUCAUUCACUUCUUAA